AUGUUGGUGUGGUAUUGUGCUGAGAUUGUACACCCAGGCAAGCAUUUUACUAGUUAUGCCAUCCUUGGGGAUGAUGUGGUCAUUGGUGACCCAGAGGUCGCCAAACUUUAUGCUGAGAGUCUAGAUCAACUAGGUGUUUCGAUAUCAUUCCAGAAAAGUGUGAUAUCAGAUACCGGAUGUCUAGAGUUUGCGAAAAGGUUUCGAAUAAGGAGAGGGACCGUGGACAUUAGUCCAAUCUCGAUCCGAGCUUUGUUAUCCUAUUCGCAUCCCUAUGGUCUUAUGGCUAUUAACCACAAAUCUAAUGUGAAGCGCUUUACUACAUUGCUUCGCAUUGGUGGUUUUGGCUAUAAG